GAGUAUGUGUAAAUCCAUUCUUAAGGGACUACCUGUGUGAUCAGAAGAAGGGUCAGGAAUUGGCAGAGAAGUAAAAUGGAAUGUCUGUAAAAUUCAGUCUUUAGAGUGUGAUCUGGUUGUGUGGUAAACAGUGUGGAUGGGUGUAUAUAUUGAGUGUUUCAAUGUCAGGUUGCAAUGAAAGGAAGAAGAGCAAUUCACUUUUCUCCCUUGACUGAAAAGCUGCUGAUACUCCCCAGUGCUGUUGGUCCGAAGUGUCAUACCGGUCCCCACAUACUGCUAAAGAGGAGCCUCAUUUCCUGCAUCCUGCAAAAUGUGAUGGAGUCAAAACUGGAAAAGUAGUUUAACAAUUAUUUGGACAUGGAAGUAAUGAAGCCUUUAAUUGAUGAACAAAAUUUAGAUGGCAUCUCAGAUGAAGAGCAUGAAGAUAAUUUCCUGCCAGCUGAGAAGCAUUACCAGCUUGAUAACGAAGGUGGCAUCACGUUUGCACAAACACUUACACACCUCCUCAAGGGAAACAUUGGAACUGGGCUUCUUGGUCUUCCACUUGCAAUAAAAAAUGCUGGCAUCGUGAUUGGACCAGUAAGCCUUGUGUUCAUUGGAGUUAUAUCUGCUCAUUGUAUGCACACCUUGGUACGUUGCAGCCACUGUUUAUGUCAGAGGAUGAAAAAAUCCUCACUGGGGUACAGUGAUACAGUUAGUUGUGCCAUGGAAGUGGGACCCCUGACUGCCCUUCAGAAACGAGCUUCUUGGGGAAGGUGUAUUGUGGACUUCUUUCUAGUGAUAACACAGCUGGGAUUUUGUAGUGUUUAUUUUGUGUUCUUGGCAGAAAAUGUGAAACAAGUCCAUGAAGGAUUCUUGGAAAACAAGACUGCCCCCAUAAAUGUCAGUGCCACCAACAGUUCUUCUGAAAAAAGGAGCACUGAUUUACGAAUAUAUAUGCUGUAUUUCCUGCCAUUCAUGAUCCUCCUGGUAUUUAUUCGUGACCUUAAGAGCCUGUCCUUCCUUUCAUUGCUUGCCAAUGUGUCCAUGGCUGUCAGCCUUGUCAUAAUUUACCAGUAUAUUGUUAGAGAUACACUAGAUCCUCGAAAACUGCCUCAUGUGGUUGGCUGGAAGAAAUACCCACUGUUCUUUGGGACUGCAGUAUUUGCUUUUGAGGGAAUUGGUGUGGUACUCCCACUGGAAAACAGAAUGAAGGACACUGCACGUUUCCCACAGGCUCUGAACAUUGGCAUGGGAAUAGUCAUGACCUUGUACAUCUCAUUAGCCACUCUAGGAUAUCUGCGCUUUGGGGAUGAAAUAAAAGCCAGCAUAACUUUAAACCUGCCAGAAGAUAAAUUGUUGUAUCAGUCUGUAAAAAUUCUGUACUCCUUUGGGAUUUUUGUGACCUACUCGAUUCAGUACUAUGUCCCUGCGGAGAUCCUCAUUCCAGCUGUCACCUCCAAAGUGGAGCAGAAGUGGAAGUUACUCUGUGAGUUUGUGGCGAGAGCACUACUGGUCUGCUCAACCUGUGCUAUAGCAGCUUUGAUCCCUCGCCUAGACCUGGUGAUUUCUUUAGUUGGAGCUGUCAGCAGCAGCACUCUGGCACUGAUUCUGCCUCCCCUGGUUGAAAUCCUCACUUUCUACAAGGAAAACUUAAGUUUGUGGAUGAUAUUUAAAGACGUUUUUAUAGCUGUCAUUGGAGUUGUUGGAUUUCUAACAGGAACGUAUGUGACGGUUGGAGAAAUAAUUUCCCCUACAUCUACAGUUCUAGCUAAUGCAACAGAGAGCAUCUCUGCAGAUUUAAAUGCUACAGACUUGGUGGCUGGUUUAAAGUAAUAACCAGGUGCUGUGAACUAUUUUGUUCCUUAACAAGAAAUCCUACAUGGAUGGCAGACCUACGUGUGGGGCAAAUUCCAAUGGAUUUUAAAUAAAUUUUUGAAAAAUAGUA